CUAUCCUGGUCUGACACCCUGAGUUUGAGCUGUUUGCUAGUCAAGUUGUCAGAAGAAAUGGAAAUGAAUCUUUUUAAUGAAGCACAGACACAACAGGGACAAUAACGUUAGGACAGCGGUGCUUAUUGGGGUUGUCCUUGUCAAGAGCAUUAUAUUAUUUACAAUUAUUUAAAUGUUUUUGUUGUACAAAAUGCCGGUUUGGGUCAACAAAAAUUAAAAUAUGUCACUAAGAGUCGACUCUGAUUGGUCAACCGAGCUAAAUGAUCCGACUCACUGAAGUGCCAGAUUUGUCAAGGCCCCGCCCAUUUCCGUGUUCGUCAUCACGUAACAUGACGUUCUUUUCAAACAUGGCGGCGCCAAACUGGUAAUCUGUUUUGGUACAUGUUUUUAGUCAAAGCAUUUUAAAAAUUAUUAAAUUUUGAGAGAUGUGACGACGUAAUAGCAUCUAUUAAGGAUUAUAUAUAUAUUACGUAAUUCUGAAGACUAAACUAAGCUGGAGGACAUGACAACUGCGGCUUGCAGCAAGUGGAGAGGACUUUUCAGCGUGGAAGAGCUGGAUGAUGAAGACUUGCUGGAAGUUGACUGGACACACACGUCAGCUUCUGGGUCAUCUGCAGUUCCAGCUUGUGUACCCUUACAAGAAUCGCACACAGUUUGUUCCCAUGAUGCGCAGCAGAGCUCCGCUGCACCAUCAGCCGCCACCUCACACAGGAGAUCAGUACCAGACUCUCCGACCUUACUUCCAGAUCUUUCAGAAUCCAGACCUGUUAAAGGUUUAAGAAGCCUGGCCAACUCUAACUCUUCAUCCGUCUCCUACUCUGUCCCUCACACACGCGCCGCUUCUCCGGCUUCACUUCAAGCACCGUUCGGGGUCUCGAAUGCAAUCUCAUCUCUGCAACGUGCCUCAGAGUCUCCACCCGGCCAGUCAAACCCUCAAUCUGGCGUCUGCACUGUUCCCAAGAAAGACAUUCCAGCUCAGGAUGAGUUUGACGACUGGGAUGUCGAUCUGGAGGAGUUGGAUGAGUGUGUUCCUCAGAAAGCUUCUGCUCCAGACACGGAAUUCGAAUCUGACAGCAUUACCUCAGCGAAACGGACAAGAUUAUCAGCUGUUGAUAAAGAUACACCAGUUGUGUCUUCUCUCCGAGGAUUCUGCAACACUACUCCCAAAUCUGCACCCCCGCAGUCCUUUAUCCGUUCCCCGUGUUCUACUGCGCUUUUCCAACAAAACAACGUGCAACCCUUUGUACCUCCAGCCUGCCGCUUUACCUCUCCGGUGACUCCUGGACCUGUGAGAGCGACAUCUCCGUGGCAAAAAGGAGCUCUUACUCCUCGAGGAGAACAUCGCUCUCUAUUCCAGGCUGUAUCUCCUGCUCCGACGACUCCACAAGCACCUCGUCCACUUCACAUGCCUGUCCUGACGAAUCACCUGGUCCAGCUGGUGUCUGCAGCCAAUAAGACGCCUCGGAGGCAGAGGAGCGAUUCUGUCCGGCCCAAAACGCGCCGGUUUCCUGGUCCAGCGGGUGCUCUGCCACAACAGAUCGGUGGGCGGAAUCUGGAUGACAUCGUUGUUGCGGUUCCACAGACACCAGCACAUGGGGCUGUGGCUCGCCUGCACAGUGAGGUCCCGAGCUCUCAAGUAAAUGACGAAGAGGAGUUCAGUGUCGGUCCGUGGGCAGCGAUGAAGGCUGAGAUGGGAUUGGAUGAAAGAAACCCUUCCUGUUUCCUCCAUUCAUACAGCAUUGUCAUGGUGCUGCGGAAAGUACGCAAAACCAUCCUGACCACGGCGGCCUUAAGACAGCUCUCGAAGAAUAAGGUUCCUAACAUGGCCGUGGUGUUAAAGAGCAUCUUACACACACAUGCUGAUGCCAAAGCGGUGUUCAGGGACCCCACGGGUGAGAUGCAGGGUACGGUUCACAGACGGUUGCUGGAGGACAGACAGGCGGAGCUGAAGACUGGUGCAGUGCUGUUGCUCAAACAAGUGGGCGUGUUCUCCCCCUCUAAUAGGAACCACUACCUGAACGUAACACCCAAUAACCUUCUUCGAAUCUACCCGGCUGACGGAGCAGUCCACGCCUCCUCCCAGCAUUCCCAGCCUGCACUGGACAUAAAGGAAACUGCUGGAUUACUGCAUUGUGACUCUUCCAAGCCUGAAGGGGGCCCCGUGUCUCAGAUGGAGCUGCAUUAUGAUGAUGAUGAGGAGGAGGAGCAGAACAGCGUCCCAGCGAAUGGGGUGGUCCAGUCUAGUGCACGACCUGACUGUUUAGAGGACGCUCAGUGGGAAGCAGAUGAUCUCGAUGAGCUGCUUGGAGAGUUGCCUGUCGAGUCUUAUUGUGCCUGACACUGACACCAUUACCAAUGCUUUUUUUUUUUUUUCCCUUCUCUUCUUUUUAUUCAAUUUGUGUUUGUAUAGGAGCUGUUGUAAGAUAUGUACAUAAUAAUCAGAAAAUAGGCAUCUGGGCAAGAUGAAGAAUAAAGGUUUGAGUUUGAAAUAU